AUGAACACUGCUUUUCGACGAUCUAGCUUUUUCAUUUUCAAGCAGUAGCUGAUAUUCAGGUGCCGAGCACUAAUAACUACUCCUAAAGUUCAUACAAAAACUCAAUUCAGAUCUGUGGCGCAAUUGUAUUAAAAACUUACUCCCCCUUGAUUAUCGAAUAAUAAUUUUGUUCUUUAAAGUGAACGGUUAUUUUUUCAAUUUCAUAAAUUUGCUCACUAAUAAAUUGAGAAUUAGCAACCAGUUCAAAGAAAACUUGGUCAAACUUUCUUAUAAGCCUUUAUACAACAUGUCAAUUUAUGAAUUAUUGACAGCUGUAUCUGAGGAUAAUGAAGAAAACGGUAUUUCAUAAUUAGAACUUGAUGAAGAAGAUGGAAUGUAA